AAGAGCCGACGUGCCGGUUGGUGGCUGUUGCGGCUCAGUGAGAGCGAGGCGCGCGAGGGAGUCGCGUCUGCUCGCUCGUGCGGCGGGGAAGGUGGAGGAGGAAGCGGCGGCGGGCCGCACCCGGCGCAGCCAUGUCCGUGGUGGGCAUCGACCUGGGCUUCCAGAACUGCUACAUCGCCGUGGCGCGAAGCGGCGGCAUCGAGACCGUCGCCAACGAGUACAGCGACCGCUGCACCCCAGCUUGUAUAUCACUAGGAUCCAAAGCCCGUACUAUCGGAAAUGCAGCAAAGAGUCAGAUUAUCACAAAUAUUAAGAAUACGUUACAUGGAUUCAAAAAACUUCAUGGGAGAGCAUUUGAUGAUCCUUAUAUUAAAGCUGAAAGACUCAAACUGCCCUAUGAGCUUCAGAAAAUGCCUAAUGGAAGUACUGGAGUAAAGGUUCGAUACUUGGACGAAGAGAGACCAUUUGCAAUUGAACAGGUUACAGGAAUGUUAUUGGUUAAGCUUAAGGAAACGUCAGAAAAUGCUCUUAAAAAACCCGUAGCUGACUGCGUAAUUUCAAUUCCAAGUUUUUUUUCUGACGCUGAAAGAAGAUCAGUAAUGGCAGCCGCACAAGUAGCUGGCUUAAACUGCCUCCGGCUAAUGAAUGAAACUACUGCAGUUGCACUUGCCUAUGGAAUUUAUAAACAAGAUUUACCAUCUUUGGAGGAAAGACCAAGAAAUGUGGUCUUUGUAGAUAUGGGACAUUCUGCUUACCAAAUUUCCAUUUGUGCUUUUAACAAAGGAAAAUUGAAGGUACUAGCCACUACAUUUGACCCAUUUUUGGGUGGCAGAAACUUUGAUGAGGCUUUGGUAGAUUACUUCUGCGAGGAAUUCCGAGCAAAAUAUAAAUUAAACGUGAAGGAUAAUGCUCGUGCACUGCUGAGGCUGUAUCAGGAGUGUGAGAAAUUGAAGAAGCUGAUGAGUGCCAAUGCGUCUGAUCUGCCUAUGAACAUCGAGUGUUUCAUGAAUGAUCUUGAUGUUUCUAGUAAAAUGAACAGAGGUCAGUUUGAACAAAUCUGUGCACCUCUUCUGGCCAGGGUAGAACCUCCUUUGAGAGCAGUGAUGGAGCAAACUAAACUACAGCGUGACGAUAUCUACAGUAUAGAACUAGUGGGUGGAGCCACUCGAAUCCCAGCAGUGAAGGAACAGAUUUGUAAAUUCUUCGGCAAAGAUAUAAGUACCACACUAAAUGCGGAUGAAGCUGUGGCAAGGGGUUGUGCAUUACAGUGUGCAAUUCUUUCACCAGCGUUUAAAGUGCGAGAAUUCUCCAUCACCGAUGUUGUUCCAUACUCAAUUACUCUGAGGUGGCAGUCAUCUUAUGAGGAAGGAACUGGUGAAUGUGAAGUCUUCAGCAAAAACCAUGCUGCUCCGUUCUCAAAAGUUAUUACUUUCCACAAGAAGGAACCUUUUGAGCUGGAAGCAUUUUAUACUCAUCCACAUGAUGUUCCUUAUCCUGAUACAAGAAUAGGGCACUUUGUUAUUCAGAACGUUGGCCCCCAGCACGAUGGUGACAAUUCCAAAGUUAAGGUCAAAGUGCGUGUUAACAUUCAUGGUAUCUUCAGUGUGGCUAAUGCAUCCAUAAUAGAGAAGCAAAAUACAGAUGGUGAUGCCAGUGAUGUACCCAUGGACUCAGAACUGCCUGGCAAGAAUCCAAGCAAAGAUGAACUGCAAUUUCCUUUCAUAAUUGAGGAUGAAUCCCUCGACUCUGAGGACGAGGCUAAAAUGCAGGUUGAUCAAGAUGAUGGCAAUCACAGAAACCAAACUGAGCAACGCAGUCAAGCUGAUGAGGAAACAGAUCAUCUUGGAGUUGAAGGAAAGACAGCUUCAGGAGACAAGCUUGAUAAUACAGCUCAGUCUGGACAAACAAAGGCAAAGAUCAAAAGCAUUGAUCUACCUAUUCAGGCUAACCUGUACAGGCAGUUGGGACAGGACCUUAUUAACUGCUUCAUUGAAAACGAGGGUAAGAUGGUGAUGCAAGACAAGCUGGAGAAGGAGAAGAAUGAUGCCAAAAAUGCUGUUGAAGAAUAUGUGUAUGAUCUUAGGGACAAACUGUGUGGCGUCUAUGAAAAAUUCAUUACUGAAGAUGAUUCAAGGAAGAUAACAUUGAUGUUAGAAGAUACAGAGAACUGGCUUUAUGAAGAUGGGGAAGACCAACCAAAACAUGUAUAUGUAGAAAAACUUCAAGAAAUGAAAAAAUUUGGUGAUCCUAUUCAUGAAAGACACAUGGAACAUGAAGAGAGACCAAAAGCUCUCAAUGAACUGGGAAAGAAGCUUCAGCUGCUUAUGAAAGCUGUAGAAGCAUACAAAAAUAAGGAUGAAAAAUAUGAUCACAUUGAUCCUGUUGAUAUGGAAAAAGUAGAGAAAUGUGCCAGUGAGGCCAUGAGCUGGCUGAACUCAAAAAUGAACGCACAAAACAGACUGAGUCUAACACAGGAUCCUGUUGUGAAAGUGGUAGAAAUAAUGGCAAAAUCCAAGGAACUGGACAGUUUAUGUAACCCUAUUAUUUACAAGCCGAAGCCCAAGAUGGAACCACAGUCUGAAGGUCAAGCAAAAUCUAGUAACGAACACAAUGGACCAAUGAAUGGACAAAGCGGUACUGACGCAAAAUCAGAGGACAGUUGUCAGCAGUCUAAAUCAUCUGAAGAGAUGGAUAUGGACUAAUUUAUGUUCCUUUUGGUCCAUUAAAAAUAGUGCAAGUAAUCAGAGGGUCCAUCUUUCUUUUUAUGUCUGAGACGCAUUACCGAUGUUCAGUUACUUAAUUGACUUUCUGUUUGAAAGUGUUUUUCUAUUGAGUGCAUCCCCUUUGUUCAUUCCAUUGAUGCCGCUUACGUGGAGCUUUAGUUGAAUGUAGAUUGUAAAAGUCAGUUGAAGCUUUCCCAAUAUAUUUUAUAUCAAAUAGGCAGAAUUGAUAUAUAAAUGACAACAAUCUACCUUAUUUAAAGCUUUUAUUGUGGGUAAGCCUCUGCUCCUUUAUUCAGGAAAGGCCACUGUAUUGCACUACUGAUGCUGAAGUGUAGAUCUUUGCAUCUUUCUCUUAGAAGCUGUUGGGUUUGGUGUGGCUUCACCAUUGUCACUUGAAGCACUGACCUUUUUCUAGUUAUUGUACUGUUCCUAUUUAAAUAUUAAAAUAGAGGUUAGCUGGCAGACUAGUUCAUCUUCUUGAUGUACCAUGAAAACUGUAAGAAUUUGUAGACAAGAUAUCCAAGGCUUGAAGGAGCCCAUACCAGCAGCAUUCUCUGUCAUAAGAUUAGCAACACAACUGAAAAUAAAGGUCUCCAUAAACACACAGCCAUGUAUAUCAUAUUCUGUGUUUGAGACAGAGACACUGUUAAAGUUGUAAUAGAAUGAGAAGUUAGUGACAUUUUUAAAAUCUUGGGGAGGGAACUUGUUUCUUUUCUCUCAUUACCUCUAACCUUGCUGGUUUGGCUUCAACCUGAACUCUGCCUAUGCAUGUUUCUUAAAUAUUGUCCUCUUAAUUAAAAUCAGACAAUACAUAUAUAAAAUUGGUAUACGUAUAUCAGUAUUCCUUAAUGAGAAAGUUCUCUCAUUCUGCUUGGCAACAUGGUGACAUUUGGUGCCCGGGGAGGGAGCACUGUUUGAAGAGCAAAGUGUUUGCUCAUCAUUUGCAGACAUCCGCUGCUUGGAAUGUUUGGCACCUAUAAAAACAAAUCUGUGAGAGGCUAAGCCCCAAUUGUUAUAAGAUUUUGACACGGGUAGAUUUCUAAGUGUAACAAGCCAACUUGAGCUGCUGACAUAAUUGUCUUGAAAAGACAAGCAAAGUCAGGUUCUUGAUUAAAACAAACAUCCGGAAGAAAUAGCAUAUACUUUAUUGGGAUAAUACAGUUUGUGACUUAAACGUAUUUUUAUUUUUGUAUCAGAAGUCUGCUCUUUUGCAAUAUCUGCAUUGAUCCACCUUGUUUGUCCUGUUCCCCCACUUCUGCUAUGUAAAUUUGACUUUAAGAUUGGUCAGAGACGUCGCAAUGUGAGUGGUUGUAUAACCAGCACUUCUAGACCAAGAUGCCUGCAGAUGGAUUUUCCAGACUGAUUAGUCUGUUCUGUGAAUCUCAAACUUUGCCAAAUAUAUUAGGAUUCUUAUUCAUUACAGUAUCGUUGGGCCCAAAACUCCAUAGGGUCUUUAAAUACUAUCAGAGGCCCCUUCCGCACAUGCAAAAUAAUGCAUUUUCAAACCACUUUCACAACUGUUUGCAAGUGGAUUUUGCUAUUCCGCACAGCUUCAAAGAGCACUGAAAGCAGUUUGAAAGUGCAUUAUUCUGCAUGUGCGGAAUGAGCCUAAGUUACGUGUGAUGCCUCUCUAAAGCAAUUGUGCUGUGCCCCACUUCUGAGGAAGACUUGUGCAAAAGGCUACCUUUUGGAGGUCACUGCACCUCACCUCCUAAAAUAUCUCAGUCUUUUUUUGCUUCUGCAGCAUGGCACACUUUUCUGAAUUAGGUACUUUUACUUUAGCUGGUGGCUAUCUAUGUUUCUUGUUCUGGAUUUUGUUAAAAAAAGGGGGGGGAUGUCAUUGUCUAAUCUUGCUAGUAUGUGGUAGAGCCACAUGAUCACCCCAUGGUUGCCAUCUUGUACUUCCUCUGAGACAUGUUUCUGCCGCAUCCCAAAAAGGCUAGAUCUGGGAGCAACUUAGAAGAUUAAUUAAUACCACAGGUUUCCACUUAGCUGCUUUGUGAAAGUUUAUCCCUUGGAACUCAAAAGAAUAGUGUGGAAACUAGAAUCAGAAUGUCAUGGGAUUUACAAGAUUUGAGAACUUUUAUAUGAAUUCAUUCAGGUGACUCAUUUUAGACAAGUCUCAAAGUGCUCCAUAUAGAGACUUAUCACAUGUAGCUGUGAGCAUUCACUCAGCAACUACAUGGUCUGAUUAGAUCCCAAAAAAUCCCUAGCUGUACCUAAUGGUCAGAGUGACCUGCAUGUACUUCAUCAUUAUCACUGUUGUGCCUUGCCCUUUCUAUCACUUUCCAAGAUUUCUAAUGUAUCCAAACAUUUGCAGCUGUUCUUGCAUUGUGGUCAUCUGGCUUAUAGCAGGGAAUUUACAACUACCGCUGUCUAGAUGAUGCGUUCAAUAGGCUUCUGCCUGGGUUGAGAUAUGUUAACAAAGGGAAUAUGCUCACAUGGGUGCAGUUCCUGGCCCAGAGGGGAAGUGGUUGACUCCACUUCCCGUUAUUCAGUACAGAGGAGGGGAUCUGGAUUUUAUCUCUCACAAGAUGUUAUUGUCUACUAACAGAGCAGUAUAUCAAUUAAUCAUCCAGGUCAGGCUAGACAGAAAAUAAAGGAGGGUCAAAGGUUUCAUGUAGGAAGGUCCUUCUUUGGACUUGGGCUAAGGUCACUAAUGUAUUUUCUAGCACCCUCUCCCAGCAAAUGCUGUAGGUAAUGUUCAUAGAAAGAUUCAUUUUCUGUGCACAUAAUAUGAUGAAGGUAUUUAUGGUUGGAUACAUACUUGCAGAUUUAGACAAGCACAUAAUUACCAUAGUUGCCAGUCUAAAAGAAUAGCCAUUAAUGAGCCUGUAUGUGGUCUGCAGUGGGGAAAUACGUUUAUAUUGAUGUGUUGGAAUUCUGAGCAAUGUGCCGAGUUUUGAAUCUUCACCCACUUUUUAUGGAACCAAAACAUCUUUGAUUGGGCACAGAAUACUAGCAGGGAGGACAAGAUUGCAUAAACAUCAUAUCCAUCAAAUUAAGUGUUUUUGUCCUUAGGUGGAAGUACAGGAGAUGUUCUUCCUAAUUCUUGUUCAGGGUCAGCUCAACAAAUAUACUAUCUAAGCCUUCAAGAUUUAUAUCCAGAAGAGGCACUGGGAGCAGUAGGAAACUCUUGGAUAGAUUUUGUUGCUUCAGGGACAAGAAGAUAUAUCUGUGAUUUAGCAGGAGUAAAGAUACCCUUGCCUUUGUAGUACAUGCUCUGUCCUAAUAUGUCAUUAUUCUUUCUUCUCACUUUUCAUCCUGAGCAGGGUUCUUCUCAGAGUAGAGUCGAGGGAAGCAUGGGUGAUGUUAAUUUCCCUACACUGGCUACAGUGAAAGUGGUUUCCAAGGAGCCCAUAAAUGAAUGUGGUGGCUCUAAUACUGAAUUUUAGUGAAUAUGCUGUUGCUGCAUCUAGCUCCUUAGAGCUUCAUCCCACUUCCUAAUCCUGACAGUUUAGCUAGGAACAGGCAGCAUAUAAAAUCAUAGGUUAUUCAAAAGAGUUAGACAUAUGUAGAGGCAGCAUAUGUAAACAAUCAACUAACAGGUUAUGUAGAGCAUGUAGAACAGCAGCUUCUUCUGCAGCAGAAACAAGUUCCUUCAAGCAGCUCUGAAACUAUUCCUCGUUCUAUUCCAGUUGUGCACUAGCAUUGUAUCAGUCGAUAAAAUGCUUAUCUGUAAGUUGGCCUGCAUUACAAUUUUUUCAUCAAGAACAAAUAAAGUUUUACAUAUUUCCAAAGGAAAAGAAAGUGAAGGUCUUAUGUAAUAUUGUUAGUUUGUUAUACAGUAUCACUUGGAAACCUGGAUUAGGGAUCAUUUUCCCAACACUAUAUUUUUGAGACUUUUUUUUCAGUUUCCACCAUCUAAAAUCUUUUUUAAAUUUAUUGUUUGGAGGGAGCUUGCUGUUUUGUAAACUCUUAGCUGAUAGAUUGCAGGAGAGAGUAGUUCUUCAAAAUACUUUUUAAACAACACUGCCUGGUAGAGUGAAUAUAAAAUAGCUGCUUUAAAGCAGCAUUGUAGGUAAUCUAAAAGAGAACAAUUUGUAUGUAAGCAUUCAGUUGACUAUGUGGCCCAAACCAACCCAGGACAAACAGUAUAUUUAACAGCUGUGGAAUUACACAUGAUCACCUCUCACAACCAAUUUCAGACUGGCAGUUGUGGGAAAGAUGAGUCUAUUCAAACUUCCAGCUCCUUCAGUUUAUGACUGAUCGUUUCUGCUUAUAUGGCAGAAUUUGGCUUCUUGGCUGCCAGUGUGACUUUACAGUGAAGUAAUGGAAUAAAAAAUUCUUCGUAAACUUUAAAGCUAAGAAUUUGCUACGUUCUAUGCCAAUAAAGGCUUGCUUGCUCGCGAAUUUUAUGUGUAACAUAUCUAAAUCAGAAAGCUGAGGUAUACAAUAAGUAAAAUCAGGCAAGAAAUGUGAUAAAUCCCAGAUCACACAUCUGUUAACAAGAAUGGCACUCAGAAAUUAUUUCAGGAUUUCACUCAAAUUUAAGCAAAAUGUUGCAAGAGGACGUUGAAUGUAUUUUAUCUGUCAGUAUUUGUUCCAUUAGUGACUAGGCUGGAAAAUAUUCCAUCACUAAUAAAGUUCAAAGAUUUGUUUACAUUGAUGGCAGUCAGGAGGAUGGGGACACUCAAGUUUGUCAGCAUACUUCAGUAUUUCUCCCGGAUAUGUUUAUAUUCCAUU